AUGUCCACCCCACCAUUUAGGGCCCGCCCACCAAAAUUGCGCCUGGCUGUGUGCAAAAUUCUGGUGAAAUUCGUCAGGCCGCCCCGACUCCACGAAAUUUCCGCUCUGCAUCACCAACCCGCCCAACGAGACAGGUCCAGAUCUAUCACAAUGUCUUCCAGACCUACCGUCACCAUCAUCGGCAAGAACGGUGCUCCUUCUGGAGCUACCCACGCCAUCCCUGCUGUCUUCUCCAGCCCUAUCCGUCCCGAUAUUGUCCAGCAGGUUCACACUGGCAUGGCCAAGAACAAGCGCCAGCCUUACUGUGUCUCCGAGAAGGCCGGUCACCAGACCUCUGCUGAGUCUUGGGGUACUGGUCGUGCUGUUGCCCGUAUUCCCCGUGUCUCUGGUUCCGGUACUCACCGUGCUGGUCAGGCCGCCUUCGGUAACAUGUGCCGUUCCGGCCGCAUGUUCGCCCCUACCAAGACCUGGCGCAAGUGGCACGUCAAGAUCAACCAGGGCCAGAAGCGCUACGCUACCUGCUCUGCCGUUGCUGCCUCCGCUGUCGCUCCCCUCCUCUUGGCCCGUGGUCACCAGAUCAUGACCGUCCCCGAGGUCCCCCUCGUUGUCGAUUCCGAGCUCGUUGCUGCUGAUGCCGUUGCCAAGACCGCUGCCGCCAUCGCCCUCCUCAAGGCCGUCGGUGCCGGUGCUGACCUCGAGAAGGUUGCUGGCUCCAAGAAGCUCCGCGCUGGCAAGGGCAAGCUCCGUGGCCGCCGCCACCGCCAGCGCCGCGGUCCCCUCGUCGUCUACUCUGCUGAGGCUGACGGCAAGGACCUCGUCAAGGGUUUCCGCAACAUCCCCGGUGUCGAGACCAGCCCCGUCACCGCCCUCAACCUCCUCCAGCUCGCCCCUGGUGGCCACCUCGGCCGCUUCGUCAUCUGGACCUCUGAGGCCUUCAAGGCCCUUGACGAGAUCUACGGCUCCACCACCGAGGCCUCUGCCCACAAGCGCGACUUCGUCCUCCCCUCCAACGUUGUCUCUCAGGCUGAUCUCACCCGUCUGAUCAACUCUUCUGAAAUCCAGAGCUCCAUCAACGCCCCCAAGGGCGAUGCCAUCACCCGCCGCGCUGGUGUCCAGAAGAAGAACCCUCUCAAGAACAAGCAGGUCAUGCUCCGCCUGAACCCCUACGCCAAGGUCUUCUCUCAGGAGGCUCAGAAGAAGCAGAACUAAGUUCUUUUUCCUCUCUAGCUGUUGAAUGUGAAAGCUCAGCUUGCUGGGUGCGCAGCAGGCUGGGAAAGUGGUUGAUAUGACAAAUGUUUCAUGGUUUUGAUAUUGAGGCGUCCUGGCUUCAGGAACCGUCGAGCUCUUGAAUGAGAAUAUAAAAAAAGCUUUUCAAUUGUUUUAAAAUUGACGAUUCUAUUAUACUU